AUGACGAUUAGAUCAUACACGCUACCAACAAAACUAAUCCAUCGCUUUCUUCAAUCGUCAUCACAGUCAUUAACGGCUUUCAUAUAUAUAGAUGGAACUAUUGAAAUUCAUCCAUCCAAGGCAUCAACCGGUUCCCCUUUACGUAUAGACGAUGAUCCAACAUUUCUUCUGCUCCUAGACGUUCCUCAUAAUUCAAAUGAACCAACAACUUCUUUAGUAAUAACUUUCCACAUCCAUCUAAAAGAGCGUGCAGGAAGUUUUGAAGUUCGUGCAUACGAAUUUUUACCGAAUUUGGAUAAUUCUAAUGGUGGAUCGGCUUUUGGAUUGAUACCAAUUGUUUUGCAAGUUGGUGAAGAAAGAUUGACUUUUACUUAUAAGAAUCGUAUAUAUAGGUUAACCGCUUCUGUUUCAUCGUGUCCAAGAUACAUUACAGGUUAUGGUCAAAGAGUUGUAAUGUUAUGUGAAUCGAAUGAAAUAAUUUUAUGGAACUUGAAAAAACAUUGGGACAGCUCUCUUCGCUUUGAGUGGCACAGUACAAUCUCUCUUCCCAAUUCGUUUCCAGUAACAAGCCUUUGCGUUACGCAAAAUUUUAUUUUUUUUAGCUCUACUGCUUUCAAAUCAAAAUUAAAUGAAGAAUGUCUCUGCGUGAUUUCAAUUAAAAAAUUAUUAGCUGUCAAACUUUGUACGUGCUAUAAUCGUGAAGAAAUUUUGAUUAAAAGUAAAAUUUUUGAUGUUGAAGUGGAAGAAAAUGAGGAUGAUGAUAUUGGUAAUGGUAGCACAGAAAAAGGUGACAAGAAAAUGAUGAACACUACACAAAUGCGAGUGCAAGCUCCAAGACUUGGAUGUUUGGGCGAAUGCGGACAUUUAUGCCUUAUACCAUUAAAUAACGUUGUAUGGGAAAAUAAUAUCGAUGAUGCUGCAAUAUAUGAUACGAUUCUUCUUUAUACAACACUUCCCACGUUAUUCAUCAUAUCUGCAUGCAUCAAAACAAUCAUGUUGCCAAUUUCCAAUAAAUCACGUAGGGCAUCAUUAGAUGAUACACUUCCCGAAACAAAAUAUCGUACUGUAUUGUCGUGUUUUCCAUUAAAAGACUUCCCAAUUCCCGAUUCGACCGGUGUGAAAUUGAUGAAAAAAAGUAUCAACAUCAAUGACACUGGAAAUGUUGAAUGGGGGAGUGUCUUAGUCGGACGAAAGGGAUUGUCCGUUGUAAUGAUUGAAAAUCCUUCUGACAAAUGUAAUGUUAAUAUAAGGGAACAAGAUACACAAAUUUUGGCUCAACAUUGUGGUGAUAUAUUAAUGGCUACCUGGGCGAAUAUGCCAUUUGAUGCUAUGGAUGGAAGUCACAGUACAAUUUAUAUUGUGGCAGUGGAUCAAGAUGAUAUGCGAGGUUUAAAUUUUCAAAGUGAUUUUCUAUCAUCGCUUACAUUAACUGGAACUCGUGGCAAUAAGAAGGAAUGUGAAAAUGACUCUAUUUCUGAACUUGAUAAUAUUUCAUUCAAAACUAUCGGUGACAUAACACUACUCUGGAACGAUAUCUCUUGUCGUUUAGUACGAGCAAUUUUUGUAACUUCUCACAUAACGGAUGUGUGUACACAGGGCAAUGAUAUUAUAAUUGUUGCUGGAAAUAAAGAAACUACAUUAUACAUCG